UGACGUUGAAAAUAUGAUCCUAUACCGCGCUAUAUCAUGGCUGUCGAUAUUUUUAAUUUCGAUAAGUCACAACUGAAACCAAAAUGGCUUUAUUUGUAGAAGUUUAUGUAUUCAUAACGGUUUAUUUCAUAGUGUAAUUGAUAUGGUGUCAGUUUUUGGUUUUGAGCUUUCGUUUCAGAAUGGAAGUCUUUCAUUGUUACGAAUUUCUGUUGAUGAGGAAGUUUCAGGAGGAUUCGUUGUUAUGGAAUGAAUUGAAAGCAGAAACUUGGGUUAAUCUGAAAACAUUUUUAGGCGCAUUUCAGGACCGAGUAUUGAAAACUAAAGUUGAUGGUAGUGAUUGCGUAGAAAAUGAUACCGAUGUGUCUAGAUAUAAGAAGAUUUCCGCCGAUUUGUGGUUUCUAGCAGUGACACUUGAAAAGUCUCCCCAUCGGCUUUUGGCUUUUCUAAACUCGGAACUCCGUCAAGAGUCAGAAGACGUGCAAAUUCCUGGUCAAACUGUACUGGCCAGGUAUCUGUCACACUACAAUUUCGUAGAAAUGCAUUUGGAUAGCAUUUUUAAAUAUGGAGAAACUGCCACACUUCCAAAAGAAUUAUUUAGGUGUAGAAAUGUGCGAGUCUUAUCUCUGAAUUUCAACAACUUGGAGUGGAUUCCACCUGAUGUUGGCCGUCUUUGUUGCUUGGAAAGAUUGUCCCUAACUAAUAACCGUCUACAAAACAAAUCAGUCCCACACACUCUUACCUUCUGCCAUCACUUAAAAGAAUUAUAUUUGGAUAACAACUUGCUAGAUGCCCUUCCAGGAUUUUUGUUGGACAUGCCACAGCUGUGUACAGUGCAUCGACAUGGAAAUCACAAUUACUUCAAAGCUACAUUCAUGUGGUAUCACACAGAUGUUAAUGAUAGAGUUCUACAUGUGCUUGACGAGGUUCAGAAAAGGAGGAAACCGACCAGCAGUUAUAAUCCAGAUAGCUUGCUGUUCCUUUCAGCUACAGCUCUAGUAUCGUCAAAUAUUAAUUUUUUUGAGCCAGGAUUGCUUCCAAACACGCUUCAGGAAUACGUGGCUGAUAUGUAUCCAAAGUUCAGUAUAUGUGACAAUUGCCAUACAGCUGUACCAUACAGUUCAUCGGGUUACAGAGUGUUCACUUUUAAGAACCCAUACUUGGGAAACACGUGUGUGCCAUUCCAACACUGGGCAUGUUCACGAUCUUGUGCAGAAGCCAUUGAGAUUCCGGCUCAUCAAGAACAGAUGCGAGCUGCAGAGAGAAUGGAUGAAGAGUAUGACAAUUAUAUUAGAGAAAUUCAAAAUGAAGAAAUUUCCUUACCAAACAGAAGUUUCUGUACACUUCUGUAAGAUUUGCUGGGUUGUCUCUACAACAGUAUUAAGAUAUUGUUAGCAGAAGCAUUUUGUGAAGUAAUUUUGAUAUUGUUAAACAACUUACAAUUCUUAAAAAGAAAAAAAGAAGGCUGAGAACAUGCUUGUAAGUAAAUCCUUUUAUGAUUUUUCUUGCAUGUGUUAACAGUUUCUUAAUCUGAAGUAAUUUAUAGACGCUAUUGAAAGCUGUAAGGAGUGCUAUUUGAUUUAGAAGUACUUUGCAUUUAAUUGCAGGAAGAAAGUACAAAAAAUGCAUACCAGGGCAUUUUUAAAUUAUUUAUUGUAAUAAAAAAAAUUCUAGAACUUAACAAUAAAAAAAUGAGAAAAUUAACUUGAAUUUUUUAAUGAGGCCAUAGUUCAAAUUUUUAAUUGCACAAAGUUAUAUGUAAAGUGGGUAAGAUAGAAUGAAGUACUUAACCAGUCUUGGUACCAGCUGAAGACAGGUUGAACACCUGACAUGCCUUUCACUGAAUGAACUUACUCGAUUAGGAGAAUUAUUAUUAUUCUUGGAUUUGUGUCUUGGUUCUUUCUCUGAUAAGUGGUUAUUGUGUUCCACCUGUUUUGUAUGUAUACAUGAAUGUGUAUGUGCUGAAUUUUGUAUUGACUAUAAAGACGCUAAGAAAUACUGUAGACUUAACCAUGUGUACGUUCAGGGUGGGAACUGACAGAAUAUGAUGAUUCGUAAUGUUUCUUCUCAGUCUACCAGCUGUGUCUGGUGGUUGAAAGGUGAAAACACCAAUGUUAUGAGAACCGUCUCUGUCGUCAUCCUCUGAUUCACAUUAUGUUUCUCUUAAUUGAUUACAGGAUUCACCACUCCUGAUGUUUGAAGGCAGCCAACGAACGAGUCACUGCCAUGUUGGCAGCCAGUCCUCCGCACUUGUAUGUGUGGAGAACACAGUCCGACGAAUGUAUAUUAAAGGCUUAUAAAACUUACCUUCCUAUUUUAUUUUGUUUUAAUCCAGGGAAACAGCUAAAGGAGUAUCAUCAUCAUCGUAUCUUUAUUUGAUUUAUGCGUGCCGCUUGCUUUGGUUCUUUGGUCUUGACACUUUGGGAAAUUAAUCUGCUUUGUUCAGCUUCAGAUAUUUACUUUUGGAAGAAACUGACUAUAAAAAAGUUAAACUAGAAACAUGGUCCGUGAACCACUGUCUUCCUGAAAGAACCACGUACAUGUUCAGUACAAUUUUACCGAGCUUCAAUACCUUGUAUCUCUAUUGAAAUUUGGUUUAAACAGGCGUAGGAAAUAAACAAGUGGGACUAAACAUCAGGUUUUCUCCAAUAAAUUCAGAAAUUUAAUGGCUUCUUGUCAAAUGUAUUAUUUGGUAUAAUUCAUGGAUACUUUGAGGGUUAAGUGAUAUUUUCAGGAGCAGCAAAUAGCUGCUUAUGUCUUGAUGCGUAGCGUCAUGAACUGCAGGAACAUCUUACUAAUACGAUACUGGGUAAUACAAAUAUUGGUCACUAUGAAACUGUCGGCACUGUGUCAAUUAUAUGUAAUGCUUUGCAUUUGUAAUUGUUUUUAACUUCCUUCAUAAGACAUUUGUUUUAUAUUUGUUGUCUAAUAGUCAGGUCUCUUCCAUGAUUUUAAAAAGACAUUAACUGUUGCCCUCGGUGGACUAGUGGUUAGUGUGCUCACCACUGGACCCAAGGUUUGCGGGCUCAUACCUGGCUGAGGUGAUGGAUUCUUAAGGGUGAAAGAUCCAUAACACAACUUCCUUUGGAGGGGAAGUAAAGCUAGCAUUCCCAUGUCGUAGAUUCACGGGAUGUAAAAGAACCCUACGAGCAUGAAUGAGAUGUUUUGUAAGCAAAAUUCAGCGACCAUAUCUCACCCAAGCCUCUCCUGAUUCUCUACUAGAUGGCUCUAGCAGACAGAUCAGGAUUGAGUAGAAAUUGUGCAGAGGCAGUGGGCUUGUCACUCACUAUUCACAGAUGCACACUUCGGACUAGGAAACCUCCCACAUGGGAGGGGGCCAAGGCCUGACUCACGGUGUAGUGCCAUUGGAUGGAUGGAUUUGCACAGUUUCAUUAAAGCUGGUUCUAUCUUCUAUGCUGCUAUUUGCAUGUAAUUUUAAGCUGUUUACAUAUUGAAAAUAAGUCUUUUUACUUCUGACUGCAUGUACUCUUGCUAUUAGAAUGCCCAAUUCUGUUUACCACCAUUUUCUAGUCAGUAGGCAGGAUUCCAUACUUAAGAAUCAUGGUCAUUUGCAGUUUUUUUUUUAUUCUGAGAGAACUUGUACUUAGGUAAUUUCCUGAUUAUUUGUGCACAGUUUUUAUUGUUAAAUGCAGAUAGGCGUGAAAUAGGUUUUCAAAGUUUUUCUGUGAUGUACUGUUUACUUCAUAAGGGGGGAAGGUGUUGGUUUUGGGUGGGCCUGCGGAAGAUAUGGUCAAACUGUACCUUUUCUCAGUGAUUUAUGUUCAGUAUUGGUGUUGGGGCAAGAAGAGGAGGUUUGUUCCAGGUGUCAUGAUGCAUCUAAAGAACACCUUAUGGCCAUGUGUUGUAGAAAUGCAUCCAUAAAUCACAAUCUGAAACUUGUAGUGAUUUUUAAAGCUGAAAAACCACACAUUUUUUAGGGUACUAAAGCAAACUGCAUUCCUGCUCAUUAUUACAACUGGAAAGGAGUGUGGAUAGGGAAAUUUAUGAAAAUUGGUUCCACAAGAACUUUGUUCCAGAAGUUUGGGCUUUCCUCAAAGAGAAUGGAUUACCAUAGUAAACAUGGUUGAUGCUAGAGAGUGUGCACUGACUUUCAACAAUGGCACAUUGUUGUAAAGUUUUUGCCUCCUGAUAUCAUAGCUGUUAUACAGACCAUGGAUCAAGGAGUGACUGCAUCCCUGAAACACUAUUGGACUGACCUCUCUUGCCAAUGAAGAUGCCAGCAUAAUUCCAUUGUGGAAAGAAAUGAUUUUGUUGAAUGCUAUACAUGGCAUAUUUUGGAUAUUGUCUUCCAUGAAUCCAGUAACGUUGAUCUGAUCGUGGAGGAAAGUUCUUCCAGAUCUAGAGGAUGAUGAUUUGCAAGGUGUACCUAAAGAAGAAAUCAACAAGUCUGAAAUUCUUGACAUGAUGUAUGUUAUGAGAAGUUCUGAAAUUGACAAAAAUAACAGAGAAUGGCUAAAGGGUUUUGUGUGUGAACUGGGUUUGUAGCUUAUUAAAGAUGUGGAAGACACUGUCAAUGCUGCUGUUAAAUGAAAGUGAGAAGAAGAGGAUGAGAAGUGAAGAAAGAUGGUAGAGUGCAUCAGUCAUAGCAUGGUACAUACAUUGUCUGUGAUAUGGUCCUGCAGUUGAUAGUAUUAGACUAGAUAGAUCAGAGAGAGUUCAAAUAUGGUGUGUAAUGGUCACUUCUUUUUGUGAACUGUUUAAUGCUCCUCCUCACAGCAGUACAUAUUUUCCUGGCAGCUGUAAUGUCAUUUUUUCUCAAAAUAAACCAGUUUUGUAAAAAGAAUAUAAGGUAUUGUAUGACAUCUUAUAAUGUACUUAACAAAAUAUUUCAGAUUAUCUGUGUUUUUUGAUUAUUUAUGCAUCUUUUCCUAUUCAUUAGCCCAAAUAAUCAGGAAUUUGGUGUACUUCAGAAUGAAAUGUGAAUGUACUCAUUAGAUUCAUUAGUUAUAUUUGAUUGAUGUGUCAGAAGUCACUGCUUGUUGUGCAGUUUUAACUUGCUUUGUGUACAAAGGCUUUAUAUCAUAUAUCUUAAUUUAAAAGUUUCAUUGGACUCGGCAUAGUAUUGAGUUUAUGAUUCAUUAUGGUGAUCAAGAUGAUGUGGAAGGAUUAUUCAAUCAUAUUUUUACCACAGUUGACUGGGUGCAUUAUUCAUGUGGAAGCAGGUGUAGAAAUAGGAGUGAAAAUUAUUUUUGUUUUCUUGAGAGGUUGUGAUUAUUAAAAUAUGUCAUGUCACUCCAGAAAAAAUUAGUGUGUGUGGAUAAUAAAGCACAAAUGUAUAGUUUUAUUGCAGUUGUAUUACAUAUUUAGAUACCAUAACUUUUACCAUAUUCCAUUUUAAUUUGUUUUGCAGGUUAUGUACUGCAUGUCAAAAACUGUCACUGAUGCUUGCACAGAUACUGAAUCUCAGUUCAGCAGCAUGUCUUUGUAAAUUAAACACCAUCUAUAAUAAUAUUAUUCUUGUAAUAUCCUUAUAAUAUGUAGGGGAUUUAUUCUUACCACUGUGUUCCACAGUUCUUGAAAUUACUUCAUUUCACUUGGAUCCAGGGUAAUGUGACUGUGCCCCAAACCUACCUAAUAGUUGCAGAGUUGCCUGUGACUUUGCCCUUCUUACUUUCUUCUACCUUUCACAAAUUAGUGACACCAAAUUAUGGCUUAAAAGCAUUAACGAUAUAAGGAGUAAAAAAACAAACUGUACACUGCAUUUCCUCGUACACUGUACAGCAGUGUAAUUUACCAAUCCAGUCUUGACUAUCACCACUGUAAACUUGAAUAAUGUGUUAUUUGAGGCCUUAAAAUGUUAUGGACAUUGAUGAAAGACUCUCAGGUAACAAGCCACGUCAGGUAACUGAAUGGCCACUCAACCACCUGACGCGGCUUGUUACCCCGAGAGUCUUUCACCAACUUCGGUCGCCAUGAAGCUUCACUUUAUACAUUACUAUGGAAGUUAAAUUUUGAUUUUAAGAUCCGUAAAGUUUUCAUGUUACUUGGUGAAGUCUGUUGAACAUAUCUGUUUGCAACCAGUAGCUCAGCUAUGCAGAAAUGACUCUGAAUUUGAAAACCGGUACUGUAAAGCACAUACAAUUAUAAGUAACAAAUUAAACAAUUUUGUAUAAUUGUGUUGAUCUUGAAAUGAUAUAGGGUUCAUGAACCUACCUGUACCACUGCAAGCAGUAGUUGGUAUUAGUAUUGCUGGAUUUCUGUACUAGUAUUCCAAAAAAGAACAAUGUUUAAGAAACUGGAUCUGGUUUCUGACUCAGGUGAAAAUGUGGAAGAUACCUACUCAGUUGGGUCUGUUAGGAGCCAACCUCAGUAACUCCAGCAGUUGAAGUUAGCUCUUUCUAAUGUACCUAAGAGAGUAGGUACUAGCAUCUUUUCAACUGAGGACAGAACAUCCGUGGCAUAAUAGCUCCAGAGCCAAAGCCGACUAGCUUGACUGAUGGCCUCACGUUCACAUGCCUAAGCAGAGGUGAACGAUCAUCCAACCAGUUAUAGGGUGACCUGUGGUCAGCACGAACCCCCAGCCAUUGCUAGUUUUCAUUACCGGAUUACGCUACUCAUUGUAGCUCCCCAAUUUCCUCAUGAUGCUGGGUUGGCACCAGUCCCAUACACUGAUCGAAAGCUCAUGAGAAAAUUUCUUCUCCCCCAAGACUCGAACCAGCACGCAUUCCGUAUCGCCGGUCCGAAGCAUGAUGCCUCAGACCGCGCGGCUACGUUACGGGACGAGGACAGAACAUAUAGUUUCUAAAAUGUUAUUCUCUAUGGAACACUAGAUAAGGGACAAAGGUCAGAAAUCUGUUAAUAUUAUUUGUAAUAUACCUUUAUCAGCAGGUAGAGGUAUAUGUUAUUAAUUUGUAUUCUAUUUUUAUAUGGGCUUUUUAUUAAUAUAUGCACUUUCAGGAAAAUGUUGCACCAUGAUUAAACAAUUCUCUCAACGAGUUGUAUUAGGUAGGUGGAGAAGCAACAUUAUCCAUGACAAUCAUUAGCAUUUCUCCUGUACUUUUAAUAUUAACAGGUUAGCAACAAGUGUUCUGGAUGUUGUGUAAAAGUGAUGUUCAAGGUUAUUGAAAACACCUAAUUUUAUAAUACUUAUGUAUAGAAUCUAAUCUGAUCUUGUCCUAGUGUUUUUUAGCCAUUGUGGUGUGUGCUCAUGUCUUAGAUUUAUUUAUAAAGUAAAUAUGAAUUACACUUUAUUUUAAUAACAAUAUAGUGUGAUAGAGAAUAUUAACAAUGUAAACUUUUAAAUUUGGCAUAUAUAUAUUCUAGCUUUACUGAUUCUUA